UAGUGAAGCGAUAAAAGCGGGCAGUACUAUCAGUGCGAGAGCACGGUCAGCUGGUCACUGGUCAGCUGUUAACAAUUAGCAUGCGGCAGUUGCAGUUCGCUUUCUGACAGUAGUUUGUUGAGGUGCUUCGCUUCGAGUGACUGACAAUUAUAAUUAUGUACAAAUAUGUCAUGCAAAAACAAAAGAGGAAGCGUUUAACGUUUAAACAAAAAUGUGAGAUAUUAGAAAAAGUGAAAGCAGGUACCUCAAGACAAUCCAUUUUGCAGGAAUAUGGUAUCUCGGAUACUACCUUAAGGAAAUUGUUAGCUGAAGGAGAUGAUUUGAACAGUAAGAGUAAAAAUUAUGAAUAUCUGAAUAAGAAAUCGUCAAAAACAAGUAGUGAUGUCCGUUUGGAUGCCGCUGUCUUCGAAUGGUUUAAGCAAGCCAGAGACAGAGGUGAUCCAAUCACCGGGCCGUUUAUCCAAGAAAAAGCUCGCAUUUUGAACGAGAAGUUCAAAAAGGAAGAGAAGUUUGAUCCGCAAAAGUUUAAAGCAAGCACGGGCUGGCUUCGAUGUUUCAAAAAGCGGUACGGCAUUCGCGGUAUUCGUUUAAAAGGAGAGACAUUAUCCAACGAUCCUUCAAGUGUUGAAGAAUUUGCGAAAAUUUUGAAAUCGAAAAUUGAAUCCGAAAAUUUAAAGCUAGACAACAUUUAUAAUGCAGACGAGUCAGGAAUUUUUUGGCGACUGUUGAUGGCGUGUACUUUUGCACUACAAUUAGAAGAAGAAGAGAAUUCGAAGAGAGAGCAAUGCAACGAACGUGUGACAGCUUUAUUUUGCGCCAAUUCCUCUGGAAGUCAUCGAAUUCCCCUGUUAAUGAUUGGGAAAUCUGAAAUUCCAGGAUGCCUCAAGAAUCUAAUAAACGAAACUUCAAAAGAACUACACUUUAAAAAUUUGGAAAGGCUCGGUGUCAUCUACACUCACGAAAACAGUGCAUGGAUGGACAAAUGCAUAUUCCUGCUAUGGUACAAGGAAGUGUUCAUUCCUCGAGUUUUAGAACACCAAAGAAAGAAUGGAAUUACGGGAAAGGUUGUUUUAAUUCUCGAUAAUGCCCCAUGCCAUCCGAGUUCGGAUGAACUAAACGCGAUAAACGAAAACUUUGAAGUCGUGUAUUUGCCUCCCAAUGUGACGGCCUUGAUUCAGCCCAUGGAUCAAGAAUUAAUCAUGAAGACGAAAAAACUCUUUAAGAAAGACUUGUUGAGGCGUAUUUUGCUCAGUGAGGAAGCAGAAGGACCUGAUCAGUUUUUAAAAGAAUUAGACCUUCCUGAUUGCUUCGAAAUGAUGAGCCUCGCGUGGAAUGCAGUGCAAUCGUCUUCUUUUCGAAAAGCAUGGAAACCGCUCUUAGGCAACUCAUUGCUUCUAAACAAGGUUCCAGCUUCCGGCAAUAUUCAGGAUUCUUCAUCCAACAAUGAUAAUUCCUCCAGCGUUCUGGAUCCUCUAUCCAACUUGGAUGCAGUUGACAACGCACCGGAAUCCACAACUGAUUCGAUCAGUUUUCCGGACGAAAAUUGCAAUUUAAUUUCUGAACUGCUGUCGGGACCAGAUUAUUCCGUAGAAAAAACAAGAGAAUUUCUCCUGAAUUGGUUUGAAAAUGAUCAGCUUGAUAGCGAUUGCGGCUGGAAGUUAUCAUCAGACAGUGAUCUUAUAAACUUUGUUACAAAUAUUAGACGCGAACCUCAAAUUGCAACUAAAACCAAAAACAGUGAAACUAUGUUUGGAAAUUCUGAUACUAUAAGUUUUGUUACAUGUGGUAGACUCGAGCCUGAAAUUGUCCCUAAAAUCGAAAACAGGGAAACUAUGAUUGGAAAUACUGAUUUUGUCAACUUUGUUACGUGUGGUAAACGGGAACCGGAAAUUACAGCUGAAAACGAAAACAGCGAAACUAUGUUUGGAAAACCUGAUAUUAUAAACUUUAUUACCUGUGAUAGACUCGAGCCGGAAAUUGUACCUAAAAUCGAAAACAGUGAAACAGUGAUUGAAAAUCCUGAACUUAUGGAAUUAACGCCGUCAGAGGGCAAGCCUGAAAUUAUCAAUCAAAUUGGAAACAGUGGAACUGUGGUUGAUAAUCCUCAAUCUAGGAAAAUAACGUCUUCGGAGGCUUUUGUCUGCCUCAUGAAAUUGAAAGAUUGGGUGAAAAGUGAAGCAGAAUGCUUACCGAAACUCCUUGAUUACAUUCGAGAAAUGGAGGAGGUGAUAACCGAACGUACAAAGCGCGAAAUUUCGCAAAAUAUAUUGUAGAUAAGAAAGUAACCCGUUACCUUCUCUGUACUUUUUUUUUUAUAAAAUAAUUUAUACCUCGUUUUAAGUUCCAAUAAGCUUUAGACAGUUAUUUAUUUAAAAGAGUUUUCAAACUCAAGUAUGUUUCCAUUUAUGCAAUUUAAUAAAAAAAAUUUAUAUUAAUAA